AUGCUUUACACUAUAAAACAUUGGAAAAACCCAUGGAUUAUAAGAUAUGAAGGAAUUAUUGGCCAAGUUGCCAGAGAAAGAAAGAGGGGUUUUGCAAAGGUCACGGGUCUCAAGAUUGAACAAUUGAAGGCUGAACUUGCGCAAUUGGAUAAGGCCGGGGUUAGAAAUUUGAUCACGGGUUUGCACUCAACUGAGGAGUUCGUCCCAGGCUCAGGCUCUGGCUCAGAGCAAAACGUGGAUUCUGGGGUUGGAGAAGGAGAACAAGAGAACAGAGUGAUGAGAUAUGGGCCUGUCACCAAUUAUGGAGGUGAGGUUUUGCUGCUUCAGUUUUGUUCUGUAAAAAAGGAUGACCGUGAGAGAUGGUGGCUACGCUGA